AUGAUGACCGGCAGCGCCUCUCCCGACGGUGGCGAUACCGCACACCUCGGCAGCGCUCAUCCCAGCAAUCAAGGUGUAUGUGACAGCUCCUCGACCUCCUUCCCACUUCAAGUGAAGUGGGUGGACGCAGUGACGGGUGUAGGUGCCUUUGCGGCUCACCCCUGCCAGGCAGGCGACCGCGUUCUCUGGGAGGCUUCGUCGGUGUUUGCGCAGUCGUACAAGACGUGGAACACGUGUCCAGCUGAGACGCAAAGCCACGCAGCCGAACCGGUCUCUGCCAAAGACGUCAGUAAGACGGUUGAUGAGGGAGCGGCGGAGGCCUACGGUGCCGUGCAGCAUGAGCCCUGUGCAAUGGGCAGCUCUCCACGGCGGAAACCAGGUCACUGCACCCCUUCUGUUUCCACCGACGAUGUUGAACAGGGUAGCCGCGACAGCCGUACGUCUGAAGAGGGUGCUGCGACAGAGAAGCGGCUGCAGUGUGUGCGGUGCUGCUUUGGAUGUGGGGCACCGCUGCUAGCGUUCUUGCGGGAGGAGUGCAGCCGGCUGGACGGCUUGUUGCAGAAGCUGGAGCGGAGCAGCGACGUAGAGCCCGGCGCCACCUCGCCAAGGAACAUAAACGACGACAUUACCCCGUCGACGUGGGAGCUGAUCCACCAUGCAAACGUGAAGCAUCUCGCGCAGGCGCCCGGGGAAGCACCUACGGAUGCGCCCCUGCCAGCGCACUAUGUUCAGACGGCUGUCGAGGCGGCCGCCACCGCUGGAAGCCCACGACCGUACGUGACGGAGGUGGACAUGGUAGGGCGGCAUCACUGCGUCUACUUCUGCACACCUGCCUGCGAGACGCACAGUCUCAUCGAGGAGGGAAGGCGCUUUGUUCUGACUUCGCGGCAGCCCCGUCACCCGCCCGUGAACGGCGCCGCACUCGAAGGCGCAGAGGAUGGUAUGCCCUCCGCCGUUGCUGCUGUGAUGGCUUCAACGGCGCCGCCGUCAGCACAGGCGCCACUCGCCUCGCUGCUCCGCUAUCCCACUGCUGAUGUCAUCGUCACCUUUGCGCAACACCCGCCAUCGAUCGCCCUGCGGCUGGGGGCGUGGCCGACGCGACUUGACGCGCUCUCCUCUCUUCAUUCCGUCGCCCGCCGCUGCAACGAACGGAUUUGGCUGCUCGCUCUUCUCCUCGCCAAACAUCUGCAUUUCACGCUGGCCUCGGCACCCGUGACGAGUACACCUCCGCCGCAACCGCAGCGCUUUGUGGCGUGGUUGGAGGACACCGUCGCCCCGAGCUUCCGCAGCCGGCUGGAGGACAUGCUAACGAGCUACGCCGAGGGGGCCAUGCAGCUCCUCUCCGUGGAGCAGCGAGCGCUGCUGAGGUUCAGCUGGCACCUACUGACAUGGUGGUGGCUCCUCUGCUGCGCAGAGGAGUACACGGCAGUGGUGAUCACGGCGUCCAGCGUGAGCGGUACUGGCUCUACAUGGUUGCCGUCGUCUGAUCCGCGUCACUCACCGCUGGAGCGCCUGUCGCCGUCGCCCUCUGCAACUACCAGCGAGGCGCAGGUUCUGAAGUGGGUCACCGAGGCCCUCGCCGUGGUGCAGUCUACAGCCUUUCCCCUCCAGCUUUACCUGCAGCUGUAUUGGCUGACGAACGCGAACGCCCACAUGUACGUCGUUGCCAGCCCUCUCUACACAUUGUGGUGUCGGUGGCUGCGAAGCAAGGCUAAGGGCAGCGACGCGGCGGGCACGGACGAAACUAAGGUGGCGGGCCGCGAAGACGGCACCACCGCUCAGGCGGCGAGCUCGGUCAUGCUGCUCGAGCGCCUCUACAAACUCUUUCACACAAGCAAUACGGGAAGGGCAGACGCCGCAGUAGGGGCAAAGGCGGCACGGAGCCCCGGCGUGGAGAACUGUCUGCAUGCCACUGGUGUGGCCCUCUACGACGUCGCCACGAAGCUCAACCACAGUUGUGUGCCAAACGUCAUCUUUCAGCCCACCAUGGGGCCUGUGGCCGCGUCGGUAGUGGCGCUGCGAGCGAUCGAAGCCGGCGAGCAGCUCUUCACCAGCUACAUCCGGGUCGAGGACUUUGGGGAGCUUACAUGUGCCGUCGCCGCCGCGCUGCGGCGGCGCUACCUGAAGGACCACUAUGGCUUUGAGUGUCUGUGCCCCGUGUGCACACUCGCAGUGGCAGAGAAGGGGGUCAUACAUGAUAAAGCAGUCUCGGCGUAA